AUGUUUCAACGUCUGCAAGCCGACGGCUACAAUCGCGCUCGAUUAAGAGGAGCUUCGCGACCGGCACCUCCCUCAGGCGAGCUUUCCAAGGCAUGCGCCCUGUCCGUUCUUACCCGCCGACCAGAUGCUAACGAUUCCACAGAAGGCGAUGUCGUACUUCUGAAAGAGAAGAAGAAUGCAGGCCAUGACGGGAUUUUAGUGAAACUUCAGACCACAAAGCAAACGCACACCCAUCGUGGGAACCUAGCACAUGCGGACAUUAUCGGGAAAGAAUCGCGACAGCUUGUACACUCGGCGCGAGGAAAUGCGUACCGCAUCCACGAGCCCACGCUUGCAGAGUACGUCCGUCUGACGCCACGACUGGUUACUCCUAUUUAUCCUUCCGAUGCGAACCUGAUCGUGUCUCUACUAGACAUCCACGUCGACACGCCCUCCCCUAGCAUAAACGGUAGCCCACCCGUGGAAAUACUCGAGGCUGGUACUGGUCAUGGUGCGCUGACCUUACAUCUCGCUCGUGCAAUACAUGCUGCGAAUCCGCCUCUUCCAAAGCUCCACAACUAUGCCUCAGAACAGGAAGCGGAAGACCCGGUCUACCUAGGGGAAUCCAUUGCGGACCUACAGGACGCGAAUAAUGAGUCCUGGCGGACAUGCCGGGGUGCCAUCGUACACACGCUUGACAUCUCCAGCAAGCACUCGGAGCAUGCGAAAAAGAUUGUGGAAGGCUUCAAGAAUGGCAUAUAUGCCGGCAGUGUCGACUUCCACCUUGGAGACCCUGGCUCUUGGAUCAAGGAACAGCAAAAAGCUAGGAAGACCCAAGACCCAUUCCUAUCCCAUGUCAUUUUGGACCUCCCAGGUGCAGACACGUAUUUGGACGUCGUGGCAUCAGCGCUACAUAUCGACGGUCUGCUUGCAGUUUUCAAUCCCAGCAUCACCCAGAUAGUGGAAUGUGUCGAGAAGAUUCGUAAAGACAGGAUGCCCUACCUGCUCGACCGAGUCGUCGAGCUGGGCGCGAGCACCAUCCGUGAAUGGGAUGUGAGAGCUGUACGCCCCAGAGCAGCGCUGAAGAAAGCGGAGCAGAAGGCUGCGCCAGAUGCGUCAUCUGGCGCGGAGUCGAGUGACGUUAUCAAGGGACAGGAGGCCAGGGACGACGAGCUGGCACAAGACCUUGGCAAGAAUGAAGAGAAGUGGGCAAUGGUCUGUCGGCCCAAAGCAGGACAGGAGGUAGUCGGCGGUGGCUUCAUAGCUCUAUGGCGGAAAAUGGAGCCUGCAAAUCUCUCCGAGUCGCCGGAGCCCUCUGCGGCGGCUACGGAGCAGGCCUAG